AUGGCUGGCAAGGACUAUGACCAUCUCUUCAAGCUGCUCAUCAUCGGGGACUCGGGGGUGGGGAAGAGCAGCCUCCUCCUGCGGUUUGCAGAUAACACGUUCUCCGGCAGUUACAUCACCACCAUUGGCGUGGAUUUCAAAAUCCGGACUGUGGUGAUCAACGGCGAGCGGGUCAAGCUGCAGAUCUGGGACACGGCCGGACAGGAGCGAUUCCGCACCAUCACCUCCACGUAUUACCGCAACACCCACGGCGUCAUCAUCGUCUACGAUGUGACGAACCCCGAAUCCUUCGUCAACGUCAAGCGCUGGCUGCACGAGAUUGGGCAGAACUGUGACAGCGUCUGCAAAGUGCUGGUGGGGAACAAGUGUGAGGACCUGUCCCGGAAGCAGGUGGAGACGGCUGACGCCCGGCGCUUCAGCGAACAGAUGGGGGUGCGGCUCUUCGAGACCAGCGCCAAGGAGAACCUCAACGUUGAGGAGAUGUUCAACGCGGUAACGGCCAUGGUACUGCGCACGAAGCAGGAGAACCUGGCGCGGCUGCAGCACCCCGAGGUGGUGAAGAUCAACAGGCCCAAGAAGAAGCCCCCCGUCAAGAAGUGCUGCUGA